AUGACGACCCUCGCAUCAUGCACCGAGGUGCAAGAGAUGGAGAUUGACUCUUCAGAUCCGAUAAUUCGAUUUGAAAUAUCCACGAGCGCGGAAGACGUAACGGAGGAUAUUCUGCAGCUCGAACUUUUGGACCACGUCGAAAACAUUCUUGAGAAGUUAGGAACCAUCUUUUCUCAAAAUUUUCAUAAUUUACCGUCGGAAGUACAGCAGUUGUAUGAUUUGGCAAGGCCUGAUGCAGAGAACACGGGAGACUUGGAGAAUGAAGCUCCUGUAGGAGCCUCACCAAUAAUGGCACCAAAAGACGCAUUAUCCGAGUGCAUGGAUGCUUUCAACAAUUUCGAUCCGCUACACAAUGAUUUAAACGGAAGUUUGGCCACCGCAUGGUCAUUAUCACUUCAGGAGCUCGAAGUCGUGGAGAGAAUGUACCAACAUAUGGACACCAUCCUAAGUAUGGAAGGCAGAAGGAUCAACCAAGGGGCACCAAACGUGACAUCGCAAGCUAAAGUGGCUUUCGCUGAAUGUCUUGCCAACAUAUCAGACAUCUCACAAAGACAUCCAGAGAAGUUUCAGAAGAAGAUAUUUGGUCAGCUUCCUGCCAAAUCCGGGAUCGAGCUCGAGAUGACUGUUGAGUUACCCAGCUCAGAAGAGAACGCCGAUGAAGAUGGAGAUAGUAUCAUCCUCGAAGAUGAGGUCAUGGAAGACACAACACAACGAUCCGGAAUUUCCUUAACGCCCAGUGAUUUGCAGCUACAGCCUUACAAAGGAUGGUAUAUCGAGGGACCGAGGAUCCAACUGUCUCGGGCCAAGAACUUCCUUGCCGACGAAGAUACCGAUCGCACGGUGGACUGGCAGCGCAAAUUUGCAGAGCUGAAAGAGUACUUUGGCUACCUGAGCUCCAUUUGGCAAGGCGAAGACUGGAUCUACGAUCUUGAAGAAGCCAUCAAUAUGCUGCGAGUUCACCAGAUAUUUGAAAACUACUAUUACGGAAAACUGGAGCUCAUCGUCGACCCUCCAACAGACUUGUUGCCGGAACAGAGCAAGAGGCUGCCACAAAUUCCGGGCUCCAACAUUGCGUUUCGCGGUGGGAGCGGUGUGCAGCGUGAUGUGUCAGGGCCUCGACGUCUCCUUCACGCCGAUGUGACGAGCGUGCAUGAUCGGCAGUAUGAGAUGCCGGCCGAUGUCUUGAGAAGAGACUAUCUCGAACCAUACCGGAGCGAUAGCGAAAAGUUCUGGGCGGCUAGCCCGUUUGCUGCCACCACAGUACCGGCAAACCUUGCAGCGUGCGAGAAUAAAACGUACGAGGAGUGCAUAAAGGGCGGCAUCGUGAAGACGGCAAGAUUCCUGGCCAGCAAAGACGACAUUCAUCCUCCGCAUCAGAGUCACGACAGCGCCUUGGAAGUCAACAGGGAGGCCCUGGAAGCAUUUGCACAGUUUCGCGGCGGCAAGCGGGCGGCGCUGCAGCAGUGUCUCAACAUCUUCACCCACAAUGAGAAUCUAAAAAUGUGCAAGACUAAGCAGGUUCUCACUCUUCCAGACCCUCCCGUUGAGAAGAAGCUGGACAUGGGAAUCAUCUACCCUCACAAGAUGUAUGCAGAAGCCCCCGUGAAAGAGUCGCGAGAUCCUUGGGCUUAUACCAGAGCCUACCAGUGGUUUAAAAAGGAAGAGCAGCGCUGGGCAGAGUGGACGAGGGAGCACGCCAUUAAGGAAGCAUAUGAUCAUAAGAGAUGGCGGAGAAGUGACAACCCUAUCAUGGAGCUCCCCGGAAACUGGAAGGGCCCUGUGUUGCCGGAUCUGAUGGAUCGCGAUAUGAGCAGGACGUAUAAGUUUCUGCGGCGUUGUCAGAAGAUUCUUCAAGGACUCAAACGGGCGAAGAAUCGAGCUCCUCGAGAUUUCAUCAUAGGGGUUUUGGAAGCCGUGAAUACCGGCCUGGCAGCGGAACCGAUUACGAAGGAAAUGUAUUUGAGAUUCAGUGAGCAUGAGCUUGAAACAACUGACAGUGGUGUCACUUUCGCCAUUGCCAAUUUGCGGCCAACGGAGGCGGCAUGGCUAGAGUACAUCUGCCAGCCUUCGCGGAAUCGCCCACUGGAGCUGGAGGAAUCUCUCGGAAAGCGAGGAGAGAUUAUGAUGUCUAGAGUGACGCAGAUGAUGCAGGAUAUUGAUCCCUUUUCGCUGUUCAGGGAUACGGAGCCGAAGACGAUGGAGAAGUUCCUGAAGGAGCUGAAUGCCACAUGUGGUGGAGCGGUGAAGAGAUAUGAGUUUACGGAGAAGGAUGUGAAGCAGCUGGCGCCAAAGCUGCGCGACUUGAGGAUCAUAAAGCUUUACAAGAAUGAGGUUACAGGAGAGUGGAUGUUUGGGAGGCCAGAGACAGAGUUUCAUCCCGAAGAUUUGGUUAGAUGGCCAGAUCCUGAGUCUCAGCCCCCGGAAGAAGAGUCAGUUGCUCCCAACAACUCGCAUGCCAGCUCUCAAAGCGAGGACAUGGACCAGAUCCAAUACGACACAAGUGUGACCUCGACUGAGGGAAUGGGGUUCGCAUCGACUGAGGAUUUCCUCAUCCAUCCCUGGGGCAUGCCUCGAAGAGAAGACGUUCUAUCUCUCCACGAAUUCAUAGAAAAUCCAGUGACAAACCCUGAGUGGUGCGAGAUGACGACCAACUUCUUCUUCUGUCUAGGCUACCGCCUCGGAAAGACACUCAGGGAACUGCAAGCCCGGCACGAGGAAAACGAGAAGAAGCUGAGCGACCCCAAGACACAAGAGUAUAACAGCAACUUUCUUGACAAAAUAAUUUCUUACUGGGAAGAAGACACAGAGAAACGUCCCAACGAUCCGGCUACGAAUCCUGCUAAUACGAGCUCCUGGCGCAUCACCAUGACAUAUCCCGACGUGGUCAAGAUUGCUGAUCCAGAUGCCUACAAAGAGCACAAGGAGGCUUGGACACAAGAAGAGUGGCCUGAUUGCAAAGAGGCCUAUGAAUUGGUUCGCAAGAAUCUUUUGCGCGAGGCAAAUGAGAACAAGACGAUGAUAUGGCCGCUGCAUUUGCCGUAUAACAGCUACGCCACGAGAUACAAGGUCGCAGAUCCAACGAUUUGGCGGAAGCGCCUCUCAGAAAAGACGGCAGAGAUAUUGAACGACAGCAAUCUCGAUGACGAAACCAAGAAAUCUCGUGUCCAGGCUCUCAAAGUCCAGCUCCAGAAAGAAGAAGCCGAAGAAGAAAAGAAACAACAUGAAGACGUCCUCGCAGCUCAAAAGCAGAGUCGAACCGCAAUGCGCCGCGAGCCAGUCUGGACAUUUGGUCAUCCCUCGAGAAAGAAGCCUGUGCAUAUGUUUUGGGACAUUAAUAACUGGCCGGUGCACUGGCAGUCUGAGAGCAGACAAAGAGUGAUUAGGUCCAGAGGUCCAGCGAAACGAAAGAACUCAGAGGAUGAGGCUGCUGAUAUUGAGGAAGAUGUGACUGCUUUGGCUGAGGAGUUGGAAGAAGCUGCCGAGAUACCGUUUUGGAAAAGGGCGGAGCAGAGACACAAGUUUGUCCCUGGGAGAGAAGAGUUUUGGAUGGGAGAUACGCCGUUGCAACGGAGGGAGUUUGAAGCCAGGAUGAAGAAGAGACUCGCGCCACCGUCGAGAAAGCGCACUUGGGGAGGUUUUCUCAAAGAAGCCUUCUUUGGCACUCCUACCAUCACUGAUAGGCGUGUUGCUGCUUCUGCCGAAGAAUUCGGAUUGCCGCCUGUGCCGCGACACUUGAUUCCUCGGAGUCGACCGGCUAAAAGACGACGUAUCGUGGGACCGCAACGAGAGGUUGAAGAAGAACGUGAUUUGUUCGCAAUAGCGAGAGGCGAGAAGAAUUCCCGUAGAGAGCCCAAUAUCUUUACGAUUGAGUCCCAGAGUUCGUCCCUGGAAGAAGGUCAGAUUACGUUUUAUAUCCCCGAGACGAGGAUGCAGGGCGAAGGACGCUUGGGCGAUGUGAUGGGGGUGGAUGAGCCUAUGGUUGAAUACGUAAAACCGGCUAAGGGACGGUGA